AGGAUUAAUUUGCUCCCGUUGGAAACGACAGGCUCUGGUCUAUCUUUAAAAAAAUCUUUGGUGAUAGUCUGCCAUUAACUCUCGAAGAAGAACAUUGCGCCAACGGGGGUAUAUUCACAAGACAUGGUGGUGCAGCUAGAGGUCGUAUACAAGAUUCCUAGCUGGUGUGUGAUAUAAAGGGAGGAGAUGGAAGUGGCCGUCACGAUUGGGCCAGACAGCCUGCUCCAGGUCAAUGGAGCCGACCAGGGAGGCAGCCGCUGGAAGCAGCCUAACGAUGACUCAGACCGCAGUUCCAGUCCGUCUGUCCUGCGCUGCGUGACCAGCACGUGGAAGGAGGGCCUGCUGAACAGAAAGAGGCCAUUCGUGGGCCGCUGCUGCCAUUCUUGCACGCCGCAAAGUCAGGCGAGACUCUUCAACUCGAGCAUUCCUUCUCUAGGACUGCGCAACGUGAUUUACAUCAAUGAGACCCACACCAGACAUCGUGGCUGGCUGGCCCGCAGGCUCAGCUAUGUGCUGUUUGUUCUGGAGAGGGACGUCCAGAAGGACAUGUUCGCUCGCAACGUGGUGGACAAUGUACUCAACAACAGCAGGGUGGAGAGUGCAAUUGUGGAGGUGGCCACUGAGUUGGAUCCUGCGGCCACCGAGGCUGGGGUGGAACAUAAAGCGGUCAGCAAGGUGAGGCGGAAAGCCAGAGGGUUCCUGCAAGAGAUGGUGGCCAACAUCUCACCAGCCUUCAUCAGGCUGACGGGAUGGGCUCUUCUCAAGCUCUUCAAUGGCUUCUUCUGGAGCAUCCAGAUCCACAAAGGCCAGCUGGAGAUGGUGAAGAAAGCUGCUACGGAGUACAACGCUCCCCUUGUCUUCCUGCCCGUGCACAAGUCUCACAUCGACUACCUGCUCAUCACCUUUAUCCUCUUCUGCCACAACAUCAAGGCCCCCCACAUCGCCGCCGGCAAUAACCUCAACAUCCCCAUAUUCAGCACAUUGAUACGUAAACUGGGAGGAUUCUUCAUUCGGCGAAAACUCGACGAGACGCCAGACGGAAAGAAGGAUGUCUUGUACAGAUCUCUAUUAUAUGUAUACACAGAGGAGUUGCUGAGGCAGCAGCAGUUCCUGGAGGUCUUCCUGGAGGGCACGCGCUCUCGCAGCGGCAAGCCCUCCCCGGCACGCGCCGGCAUGCUCUCCAUCGUCGUGGACGCCCUGUGCAACGGCGUCAUCCCCGAAGUGAUGGUGGUGCCCGUGGGCAUCUCCUAUGACCGCAUCCUCGAGGGCAACUACAACAGUGAGCAGCUGGGGAAGCCGAAGAAGAAUGAGAGUCUGUGGGGUGUCGCGUGCGGAGUGUUACGGAUGCUGCGGAAGAACUAUGGCUGUGUGAGAGUGGACUUCACCCAGCCGUUCUCUCUGAAAGAGUACCUGGACACGCAAAGAAGUCGGCAUAUUCCUCCCACCCUCUCCCUGGAACAGACCUUGGUGCCCACCAUCAUCGAUGCACAGCCGGAUCAGGCCCAGUUUGAGGGCGAGCAGGAGGAGCAGCCCAACUCCAGGGACCUGUCGGACGAACCCUGGAGAAGACAGGUCAUCGCCAACCUGGCCAAGCACGUACUCUUCACGGCUAACAAGUCCUCAGCGGUCAUGUCCACCCACAUUGUAGCUUGUCUGCUCCUUUACAGACACAGACAGGGGGUUGCACUGUCUAAGCUGGUGGAGGACUUCUUCAACAUGAAGGAGGAGAUCCUGUCACGGGACUUUGACCUGGGCUUCUCCGGCAACUCCGAAGACGUGGUCAUGCACGCUCUCCACCUCCUGGACAACUGUGUGCACGUGACCAGCACCAACCGCAACACGGAGUUCACCAUCGCCCCGAGCAAAACGGUGCCGGCGCUGUUCGAGCUCAACUUCUACAGCAACGGCCUCUUCCAUGUCUUUAUCUCAGACGCCAUCAUAGCAUGCAGUGCUCUGGCAUUGCUACGGGAACAGGCGGCAUCUGAGGUGGAGGGGGAGCAGGGCGGGCCCAGCAUCCUCCUCAGUCAGGAGAGACUGAUCCGGAAGGCCGCUGGCCUCUCCCACUUCCUCACCAAUGAAGUGGCGGUUGCACCGCCCUGUCAGACCAUCUAUCAGGUGUUCCACGAUGCUGUCAGCCGUUUGAUCCAGUAUGGAGUUCUGUAUGUGGCAGAGGAGGACCAGGAGGAGCUGACCCCCAGCCCCACCGAGGAGCCAUGGCCGAAGAAGUUCCCUGAGCCCCUGUCGUGGAGGAGUGAUGAGGAGGACGAGGACAGCGACUUUGCAGAGGAGCAGAGGGACCGCUACCUCAAAGUGAGCCUGUCCCCCGAGCACCAGGAGUUCUUUGUUUUCCUGCAGCGUCUCCUCAGCCCUGUACUGGAGGCCUACAGCGGGGCGGCCAUCUUUGUCCACAGCCUGAGCCAGCCCAUGGCCGAGCCAGAGUACACGCAGCAGCUCUUCCGAUACCUGCUCACACGCACUGAGAAGGGAGUGGCCGCCUACGGUGAAAGUGCGACACACUACCUCGUGAAGAACACCGUGAGAACGUUUAAGGAACUUGGGGUCCUGAAGGAGAGGCGGGAGAACCGUGUGUCAUUGGUGGAGCUGAGCAGCACCUUCCUACCUCAGGCGAAUCGGAACAAGCUCCUGCAUUACAUCCUGGGCUUCACCCUCCUGUGACCUACAACCUUCCCACCGAGCUCCACCCACCCUGUCUCCCCUCCACAAGGGCUUUUACUGGCUAGUUCUAACCAAUCAGAGGUGCUACUCUAUGGAAAGCUUUACCAGGAAGUGCCUUUCGUGAAACCACUAUUAGCCAGAAGAGACUUGAAAUCAGUCUUCCUCCUCCAGUUGAGACCCUUCCACCUGUAGAACUGUGCAGCUAGAUUGAAAGGGGAAAAAAAAAAAAAAUGUCCCUCAUCUGACUCUAUAAUCGUUCUUCAGUGAAAGUCCGUUUUUAAUUGGAUUGGUCUUUUAACUAUAGGAAUACGGAUUAAUUAACUGUAGGAUAUAUAUACUCAUCUUCGUUGGACUAAUCAUAUUGUUUUUCUCUCAGUCCUGUAAAUGAAUGUCAUCUUUACAAACACAAAAAACAAUGCCUUUGGUGUAAAAAAACAAAAUGUAAAGGUUAUGGGCAUUUUUUGGCACCAGAAUGCAUGUAGAAAAUUUGCUCAUUGCUAGGCCCCUAUCCAUACGUUAGAAACUGAAACCACAUAUUAGAAACGGACAUAAUGAAGACUAUUUAAAAAAUAACAAUAAUAAAAAAGCAUGCAAGUCGAACUCACGAUGUACAAGUGUUACUCAUCUCAAGUUUAGUCCAUGGGCAUAUCUACAGUGAGCAGGCAGCCCAUGGUUCUGUAGACCUCUAAAGACAUUAACCUCAUGUGUUGUUCUUUUUCUAUGUUGUAUGAACGAAAGGGCAUUCUGGUGCAACCCACCACAUGAAACUUGCCCUUUGUGCUACCUUGAACAUGGGCCACUCGCUUUGUUGUCUGACAAUCGGCAGACUCGUCGCGCUACCUUUUUUUUCUGACUGAAUUGGCAACUGUGGCUCAGAUUCCAAGGCACUUGCCGCUGUUAAAACAUGAAUUCCUGGUGUUAAAACAUGAAUUCCUGGUGUUAAAACCUAGUUGUAUGAUUUCCAUAGCCAUUUGGAACAGCAAUGUAGCUAGAUGUAAAACAUUUGGUUAGGGUUUUACAUCUGCCGAAAUGGAAUUAUAAUUUCUCAAUGUGUAACUAAAGCAGAGAGCUGAUAUGAACAAAUAUUAAUUGCUGCACAAUAUUUAAAAAAAAAAAAAAAAACAUUUAAAAAUACUCUUCCCGAGAGUCAUGAAGCAUUACGAUACCUUGCAAAAUCCAGCACUUCCUCUUCAUGCACGAGAGUAUGUAGCAUAGUUUAGGUAUUAAAACUGUAGUCCCGCAGAGGUUACAGUACAGCCAAGUAGGACAUUGCAGUGCUGGCACCCUUUUUACAAAAUGAUUCAAAUGUAAUAACUGAUUAUAGUGUUGCUAAAGCAACACGCGUUUGUAUAUUACUAAAUGUACUUGGAAGCCUUAAAUACCAUACAAGGCUCUUGCAAUGUAUACUUUGACUUUGUCGUGAAUCAUUUUUGGGUGGGUGGGGGGGGGGGUCCGAUUUGUGCGUUUACCCAACAUCUACAUGAAUGUUCAGCAUCAGAACAUAAACUUCCUCAAACCUGGCAUACGAGUUACAGAAGGCAUAAGAUCAGCAUAGCAAGCCUCUUAUGUUCCAUGAACUUAUCUAUGGUCUCCUGCUUUAUCUUCCUUUUAGUGGGUGGGAUGGGAAACUACUCUGUCAAUUGUAUGUGUUCUUACUCGUAAAGAACGUACUGUAGAUUAACUUUACUUAGGGCAACUUGGUUACUCACAUGGUUGCCUCCACACAGAACUUCCAGACACGGUUCUGUCGUUAGCAUAGUCACAGGAGGACCUUUUUGGUUAUGAACAGUAAAUACCUGAAGAUAGCAAGUUAGAUGGGAGGUAUUGAUUUAGGUGUGUGUGCCCUAUAGCUAGCUUUGCACGCUGGAAUAGGUUAUUUUUAGUCACUUAAAGGAAAAUAUCUGUCUCCCUUUUUUUUGUGCUUUUUAGCCUCACGUAAAGCCGCAAAGCUUUAGCUAGUUAGGAUAGAGGGACUAUUGAUGUACCGACUCCAUUUCUCCUGGUUGACUUUAGUAUGGAGUGUGACCCUAAUAAUCCAUCAGCUGCACGGCUUGUCCUUUUACAAGUAUGUGUUGACCCUUCUCGUUGUGGACUAGCCUCUCUGGCUGGGUAAUAGGGCCCUGUUCUUAAGACUUUUUUAGAAAUGCAUCCCUCCUGUCUUUAACAUCUCUGAUCUGUGAAAGCAAGGUCUCUACUGUACUUGUUACUCUGUCUGAUCCAGCCUUGCCAAGGAAGGAAAGAAGGAAUGAUUCAUGUUCUAGAUGUAUAUGAACAGGGCCCAACUCCCUGUCUGGUAAUAUUGGGUCUCUGAGGUGUUGGGGUCGUUCAUGCCGAUGUGCAGCACAAGCUAGUUUGAAAAUGAAGGUUUGAGGUAAUGGGAGCAGAGGGAAAGCCAAUGAAAGUGCAAGGGAUGGCUAUGACGACACAAACGUUGAAAAAGAUGAACUAGAGGGAUAACAAAACAGAACGUCUCAAGACCAGUCUCGUUUACACUUGCUACCAAUUUUUGAUUUGAAGAAAUAUACUAAUUUGGUGUUGUAGGGUGUUAAGGUGGAGAAAUAUGGGUUUGUGUAUAAUCCCUAUUGUGGUAUUAUUUAUUAAUUUGGCAAUCAUGGUCUGCAAAGGCACUUUGAUAUGUAACGCAUCAAAAUGAGUUAAUGUAUUAAGCUUAGCUCGAGUCAAUGUCAAAUUGUAGCAGAUUCCAUUUCCCUGUAUUUAUAGUGUAAAACUGUUUAGAUUAAACACUGGAACUCUGCGUUGGUGUCGGUUGUUUAAGAAUGUUGGCGCUGAAUCUGAAUGCAACUCUGCAUUAUGAUAUGGACUGUCAUUUUCCAUUUGAAUUGCACGUCUUUAGUAUUCAUUAGGACAGAGUUGACACAUUGAAUAGCAGAAGCUCGCAAGGGGAGUUGAAUGGGCACCGAGUAUCAAAUCCUCAUUUUGAAACUUGGUGUUGCCAGGGCCUGGAUGUUUCAUUUGGGAACCACACAUGGGGGAAAUACACUUUUGUAGCAACUUGUUUGCUAGGUGCCACACGGUACCUAUUGUAUGUGUAUUGAAUGGGGACACCGGUGUGCAGUGCACACUAUGAACAUAAUCACAGCUAACGAUCUACUCUCUUGGUACAGACUGUCGCUCCGAGAGCCCAGUAUUUAAAGCAAUAAUAAACCCAGAUAAUGUAAGUUACUCAAACUCACCCCUGUGGCACGCCCAAGUCGAGACGAGGCUUUGCUUGUAUCCGCUGGUCGCCAUCAAUUUCAUAGGUACCUAAAUGUGAACUCUAUACUUAACCUGAGAAAUGUAGACUAGUGUGUGUGUGUGUGAAUACUUUAUUUGAAGAGAAUGAUAGUAGUUUGAGUAGGAAACCAAGUUGGGUUUGUUACCUCUAUCUUACACCCCCCCCCCCCCCCCCCCCAAAUAGUUGAUGUGUUAAUUGUAAGACUCGAUCGAUCAGCGCACAAACAUGUUUAGUUUUGGCACAUCUGGAUGGUGGUUGAAUCAUGUCACUAAUGUGGGCAACAUGUUGAUGCCAAAAGGAUGCAUACAAGCGACGUUAACCUGUUGUAGACAAUAAACCUUAACUGUAUUCUUUGAGCAUGAUGCCUUUUAAUACACUGUAGAGUUUGUUUUGUUUUUUUGGUGUAUGUUGUGCAUGUUAGCUGAGGCCCAUGUAGCAUGGCCACUUAAAAGAACUCACUGUAAGAGUAGUAACUCAUUUUAAAAAAGAAAGUAACUAUUUUCUUACACGAACACAAGUUUACCAUAGUCACCAGCUACUAAAAGACAAAUGUCACUCUUUAUGUUCCUGCUUCCAUAGAACAAAAACAAUAUUCAAGCACAGUUGUCAGCACAUUAUUUUUUGUUUUGUUUUUAAAUAAAUUAAUGAUUAACAAUG